UAAACCCUGUAAUCGAAAGCUGUGUGUGUUCUCCGGUUGGAUGUUCUUCAGGUAGUGAUAAACCCUACGUCCAGAUGUGAAUGCCGAUGGCCAUUUCAGCCGGCUUCGGAUUCAAUCGCCUCCAUCAUUUGCCUUUCCGUUCUCCUUUCCGCAAUUACUUUCUGCAGGUGAGGGUGGGCUAUGCAGCUGCAGUUGAUGCUUUUUACAGCACAGAGACGGAUAAAGUAACUGAUCGUUCGAGCAGCGGUGGUGCGACUGGAAAGGCUCCGCAGUGGAAGAAGUUGAAGUCGGAGGAGCUUGGGAUUUGUACUAAGAAAAUUUCAAGGCCUACUAGAGUUGUUCUUAAUGGUCUUAAAAGCAGCGGUUUUGAAGUAUACCUUGUGGGAGGAUGUGUAAGGGAUCUUAUCUUGAAUCGAAUUCCUAAAGAUUUUGAUAUUAUAACCUCAGCUGAAUUGAGAGAGGUGGUGAGACUGUUUUCUCGAAGUGAGAUUAUUGGCAGACGCUUUCCGAUCUGUCAUGUUCAUAUUGGUAAUACCACUGUGGAGGUUUCCAGCUUUAGCACUCGUGCACAAAGGUAUGGUAGAAACUUGAGUUGGGAUCCUGAGAAGCCAUUGAGCUGUGACGAGAAUGAUUAUGUUCGCUGGAGCAACUGCCUGCAGCGAGACUUCACAAUAAAUGGAUUGUUGUUUGAUCCUUACAAGAAGCUGGUGUAUGAUUACAUGGGUGGAGUGAAUGACAUUCGAAAAGCCAAAGUUCGGACAAUCAAACCUGCUAGUCUUUCGUUGACUGAAGAUUGUGCUCGUAUUCUUCGCGCAAUUCGAAUUGCUGCUCGUUUAGGAUUUCGAUUCUCAAAAGAGACAGCUCUUGCAGUGAAAAAACUUUCUGGUUCAGUUAUACGUCUUGAUAGGGGACGGCUCCUCAUGGAAGUCAAUUACAUGAUGGCAUAUGGUUCUGCUGAGGCCUCAUUGAGAUUAUUAUGGAAGCUUGGCCUUCUGGAUAUUCUUCUGCCUGUUCAGGCAGCAUAUUUUGUGCGCAAUGGUUUUGUGAGACGUGACAAGCGGUAUAAUAUGCUACUGUCUUUAUUCGCGAACCUCGACAAACUCCUGGCUCCAGACAGGCCAUGCAACAAUAGCUUAUGGUUCGCAAUUUUAGCAUUUAAUGCUGCCCUCUCAGAACAACCAAGGGAUCCCACAGUGAUCUCUGCCUUCAGCCUUGCAUUAAACAACGGUGGCGAUUUACCCGAAGCCUGCAAUAUUGCAAGACGAAUCAACAAACAGCACGAUUCAAGUUUUCCCGAGUUGUCAGAGCCUCAAAAUUUGGAUUCCGACACCCUCAUGGAAGAUGUUUUGGAUUUAGCAGCCUCUGUCCGAACCGCGCUGAUGAACAUGACAGACGUGCAUUUUGUCUCCCAGGCAAUGGCUAAGUACCCAGAGGCCCCAAUCUCAGAUCUCGUGUUCUUCCCAUUGCCACUCUACUUGAGAGCAUGCAAGAUUUUUGAGUGCAUAGGCGGCGGAGGCGAAAGAAUAAAACGAUGUGGCGGGAAACACGGAAGCAAGAUUGAUUACGAGUGGUUGGCUAUGGGAAGUGUAAAGGAAGUCCGGCAUGUCUUUGCAAGAGUCGUCUUUGACACCAUAUACCCUCUCGAUUAUACGCUUCCAAACAAGUAAGGUGCGUUUCGUUUUAAGUUGGGAGUUCUUUUAGCUGGAUUUGAAUUAUUUUCAAAUUGAAAAUGUUCGAAGUUGUGUUUGGUUGUAAGUUGGGGUUGUAACAAUGGGGGGUUAGUCGAAGUAAAAGUUAUUGUUUUAUGUGAUAGGUUGGAAUAAAAAUUUAAUGAUGGAUUAAAAA